GAGAAAAGGGGGGUGGGGGAGAGGGAGGAAGUCCAGCACAGCAGAAGACAUGGCAGUGGUGAAUUUGGACACCACUGAAAUGGAGAAUAGUUGUCCUCCCCAACAAAGAUUCUUGUGGUCAGACGCUGAGACUGAAUAUUUUUUGAAGCUGCUAGCUGAAUAUCAAGUCACACGCCACCUCGAAUACAGGAAAUAUCGAAAUGCUGGGGUGUUUCAGGCUUUGGAAGGACCCAUGCGUGAAGCGGGUUAUAAACGAAACUUCAACCAACUCCGAAUUAAAUGGAAAAAUAUGAAAAAAACCUUUGUAGAAGGUAGACGAUUAGAUGCUGCUGGAUCACUCCCAUACUCGGCUUGUCCUUUUUAUGACCAGCUUUAUGGAUUAUUAAAAAAUGAUCCUUCAGUUUGUCAAAAAAGUGCUUGUGGGGAAGACACACCCACAAACUUCGACAUAGUUGAUGCCAGUACAACUCCAGAUUUUAGAGAUGACUUAGAAGAAAGCCAUGAGGAGUCAGCUUUGGAUUUAUUCAGUAACUUCAGUAAAACGACUGAAGUGAAUGUUAAAAAGGAAUUUUUAGACUUAAACGAACUACCUUGUGCUGAGCCAAGUGAACCAGUUCAGAAGUUAAAGUGUCUCCAAAAUGCAGAUCCUGAUGAACUCUUUCUGGCUAUGAUAUUGCCUGAUAUUAAGAAGCUUUCAGCUCCGAAGAAGAGGAAAGUAAAAAUGGAAGUUCAAAGAUUACUUGAUGACGCAUUAACCGAAGAGGACCAGUAGCUCAAACCGUGUGGGCUUAUGAUUUCCAUCAUUUUUCCAUUCCGUGGAAGAGUAACUUUUCCUUAUUCCUGGUUAUUUUUGUAAAAUGUCGGUGUACUUCCCACCACUUUCUUUUGUAUUUGAUUGUAUUUGCCCUCUUAAACUGAAAUCUUUUGA